AUCGUUCGUGCCUGUGGACUUUAGUGAAGUUUUAAUUUUUUUCUUGAAAAAUUUUGGCCUUUUUGAGAAUAUUAUCUGGUGCACGGGGCGUCCCGACUUAAGUUUAAUUAUCAUCAAGUGUUCCACCGUAGCCUCCUCAUCGCAAUGGGUAAGAUCAAGUGCUCCGAGCUCCGCACUAAGGACAAGAAGGAGUUGACGAAGCAGCUCGAGGAGCUUAAAUAUGAGCUCAAUAACCUCAGAGUGGCGAAAGUCACUGGUGGAGCUGCUUCCAAGCUUUCCAAAAUCCGUGUAGUACGUAAGGCUAUUGCCCGUGUUUACAUUGUCAUGCACCAGAAGCAAAAGGAGAACCUUAGGAAGUUCUAUAAGAACAAGAAGUACAAGCCCCUCGACCUGAGGCCCAAGAAAACCCGCGCUAUCCGUCGUGCACUUACCAAGCACGAAAGCAAGCUCCUUACACAGAAGGAAAUCCGCAAGAGGUCAGCUUUCCCCCCACGAGUAUUUGCUGUGAAGGCUUGAGUUGAUCUUUGGUGUUAAUAAAAAAAAUCAUAAAAUACAA